AUGGGCCUGGGAAAACGGGAAGCGGGCCAAGCGGAUGAGGGGCAGGAUUUGCCAGCCAAUUGGCUAUCGAAUGCCCGGCGGAGGCGCAGGCGCAUGCGCAGAUGUCCUGCGCCAUGGAAGGCGCAAGUUGGGCGAUCAUCCCAAACGACAAGAGAAAAAAAGGGGCCAAACCAAGCGGAUCCGAAAGGAGCGAACGUGGCGUCCAACGAGGCCAGCACCAGCGCCGCGGGCAGUGGCCCGGAGUCCGCCGCCCUGUUCUCCAAGUUGCGUAGCUUCUCCAUUGGCAGCGGGCCCAACUCGCCGCAGCGCGUCGUCUCCAAUCUCCGAGGAUUCCUCACCCAUCGCCUCAGCAACAUCACACCGAGCGACACAGGAUGGAAAGACUCGAUUCUGUCGAUACCAAAGAAAUGGCUCUCAACGGCCGAGUCUGUGGACGAGUUUGGAUUCCCUGACACUCUACCCAAGGUGCCCGUUCCAGCACUGGAUGAAACGAUGGCCGACUAUAUCCGCGCCCUGGAACCGAUUACCACGCCGGCGCAGCUCGAGCGGACCAAGGAGCUGAUCAGGCAGUUCUCGGCUCCCCAGGGAAUCGGAGCGCGACUGCAUCAGUAUUUGCUGGACAAACGCGAGGCGGAGGAUAACUGGGCCUAUUACUACUGGCUCAACGAGAUGUACAUGGACAUUCGCAUCCCUUUGCCGAUCAACUCGAAUCCGGGCAUGGUGUUCCCGCCGCGUCGCUUCAAGACCGUCCACGACGUGGCCCACUUCGCCGCCCGCCUGCUGGACGGCAUCCUGAGCCACCGCGAGAUGCUGGACAGUGGGGAGCUGCCGCUGGAGCGGGCCGCCUCGCGGGAGAAGAAUCAGCCGCUGUGCAUGGCGCAGUACUAUCGUCUGUUGGGCUCCUGUCGCCGGCCUGGUGUUAAGCAGGACUCGCAGUUCCUGCCGUCGCGGGAGCGACUGAACGACGAGGAUCGCCAUGUGGUGGUUAUCUGCCGCAACCAAAUGUACUGCGUCGUGCUGCAGGCCAGCGAUCGUGGAAAGUUAUCGGAGAGUGAGAUCGCCUCACAGAUCCUCUAUGUCCUCAGUGAUGCCCCCUGUCUGCCAGCUAAGCCAGUGCCGGUGGGUCUGCUGACCGCCGAGCCGAGGAGCACGUGGGCACGGGACCGGGAAUUGCUUCAGGAGGACGAACGCAAUCAACGCAAUCUGGAGCUCAUCGAGACGGCACAGGUGGUCCUCUGUCUGGACGAACCGCUGGCUGGGAACUUUAAUGCGCGCGGUUUUACGGGUGCCACGCCCACUGUUCAUCGGGCGGGGGAUCGGGACGAGACGAACAUGGCCCACGAGAUGAUCCACGGCGGAGGCAGCGAGUACAACUCCGGAAAUCGCUGGUUCGACAAGACCAUGCAGCUCAUUAUUUGCACCGAUGGAACUUGGGGCCUGUGCUAUGAGCACUCCUGUUCCGAGGGAAUUGCUGUUGUCCAGCUGCUGGAGAAGAUCUACAAGAAAAUCGAAGAGCAUCCGGACGAGGAUAACGGUCUACCGCAACACCACUUGCCACCACCGGAGCGUCUGGAGUGGCAUGUGGGUCCGCAACUGCAAGUGCGCUUUGCCCAAGCCUCCAAGAGUGUGGACAAAUGCAUCGAUGACCUGGACUUCUAUGUGUACCGCUACCAGAGUUACGGAAAGACCUUCAUCAAAUCGUGCCAGGUCAGUCCGGAUGUGUACAUUCAGCUGGCCCUGCAACUGGCCCACUAUAAGCUGUAUGGACGUCUGGUGGCCACCUACGAGAGUGCGUCCACUCGACGAUUUCUGCACGGUCGCGUGGACUGCAUCAGAGCGGCCAGCACGGAGGCAUUGGAGUGGGCCAAGGCCAUGUGUCAGGGUGAGGGUGCAAACGUGCCCCUGGAGAGCGAUCGCGAGGAUGAGGAGGAGUCGCGCAAGGUCAAGUUUAGCAUUUACAGUAAGGAUCACCUCCGUGAGCUUUUCCGGUGCGCCGUCGCCCGCCAGACUGAGGUGAUGGUGAAGAACAUCCUGGGCAAUGGCAUCGACAUCCCGCUGCUGGGUCUGCGAGAGGCCAGCAUAGAGGUCACCGGCGAGAUGCACGAGCUGUUCAAAGACGAGUCCUACAACAUCUCGCAGUGCUUCCUGCUCUCCACCAGUCAGGUGGCCUGCUCUACGGACAGCUUCAUGGGAUACGGACCGGUGACGCCACGUGGUUAUGGCUGCUCCUACAAUCCGCAUCCGGAGCAGAUCGUCUUCUGCGUCUCGGCCUUCUACUCCUGUGAGGAUACGAGUGCCUCGCGCUACGCCAAAUCGCUGCAGGACUCGCUGGACAUAAUGCGUGAUCUACUGCAAAACUAGACGAAUGUGGCCAGGAUUGGGGUCCAC